UGUGGGAUGCUUAGUUCCGUGUGGAGUGACAGAGAGCGAGCAAGUCGGUAGAGCAGUAAAAAAAAAAAAUAUUCAAGGAGGACAAACGGCCAACUACCUGGGCUCUUUUUGUGUCUUCGUCUGCAAACCGAUAUCAGUUUCACUCUUUUGUUUCCCUCUUUUGAUUUUGUAUUCCAUUCUUCACUUUCCCCUCAUUUGCAUUUGUCUUGGGUCUUCUAUUCCCUCGUCCCCCCCAUCCUUCUGUCUUUCUUUUGAUCUUCACCGGGCUUCUAUAUCUCCCUCACUUCCUCUCCAUUCAUCCGUCCAUUGUCUGAGUCUGUGGCUCUCUAUGGCCGAGUGAGCAAGGUUGCCCGGCUGGACUGAGGGGGUGUCUGUGAGGUUAGGACCAGAAUGGCCGUGGCACUGGAUGAAGUUUGGGGGCGGGUGAAGAAUGUGUGCAAGCAGAACGGACUCCUCAUCCUGUCCGUGUUGGCCGUGGUUAUCGGCUGUCUACUGGGCUUUUUCCUCAGGGGAAAGCAGCUCUCUGAGCAGGAGGUAAAAUACUUCCAGUUUCCAGGAGAGCUUCUUAUGAGGAUGUUGAAAAUGCUGAUUCUUCCACUGGUCGUUUCCAGUUUAAUGUCAGGGCUGGCAGCCCUAGAUGCCAAGUGCUCCAGCCGCCUGGGCAUCAUGACCGUGUCCUACUACCUAUGGACCACGUUUGUGGCGGUGGUGGUUGGCAUUGUCAUGGUCUCCAUCAUCCACCCAGGUGGCGCCGCCCAGAAGGAGGAAUCCGAGGAAAGCAGCAAGCCAAUCAUGAGCUCCGCUGAUGCCCUGUUGGAUCUCAUUCGAAACAUGUUCCCAGCCAACCUGGUUCAAGCUACUUUUCAACAGUACCGAACCCAGAGUAUUCCCAUCAUGAAAUCUCCCAAGCCUACGGUGGGACAGGACCUCACAGAGAGCACCACGCGCAGGGUCUUCAUCUACGGUGUCCAAGACGACAACGGCACCGACAUCCAGAACUUCUCCCUGGACCUGACGCCCCCGCCGGACAUCCUGAUGCGUACGCUCCCUGGCACGAGCGACGGCAUGAACGUCCUGGGGAUCGUCAUCUUUUCCGCCACCAUGGGCAUCAUGCUGGGUAGAAUGGGGCCCAACGGCAGCGCCUUGGUCAACUUCUGUCAGAGCUUGAAUGAAGCCGUCUUGAAGAUUGUGGCCAUUGUCAUCUGGUAUUUCCCCUUCGGCAUCGUGUUCUUGGUGGCCGGGAAGAUCCUGGAGAUGGAUGACCCGUCUGCCAUGGGUAAGAAGCUGGGCUUCUACGCCAUCACGGUGGUGAUGGGCCUGAUACUGCAUGGCCUCUUUAUCCUGCCGGCCAUGUACUUCUUCAUCACCAAGAAGAGCCCCAUCGUCUACAUCAGGGGCAUCCUGCAAGCUCUGCUUAUCUCCCUCGCCACGUCGUCAAGCUCCGCCACGCUGCCUAUCACCUUCAAGUGCCUCCUGGAGAACAACCACAUCGACAGGCGCAUCAUCCGCUUUGUGCUCCCCGUGGGCGCCACCAUCAACAUGGACGGCACCGCUCUCUAUGAAGCUGUGGCGGCCAUAUUUAUUGCCCAGGUCAACAACUAUGAGCUGGACUUUGGCCAGAUCAUCACCAUCAGCAUCACGGCCACAGCUGCUAGCAUUGGUGCUGCAGGAAUUCCACAGGCAGGCCUGGUCACCAUGGUGAUUGUGCUAACAUCAGUGGGUUUGCCCACUGAUGACAUCACGCUCAUCAUUGCCGUGGAUUGGGCUUUGGAUCGUUUCCGCACCAUGGUGAACGUGAUGGGGGACGCCUUGGCUACGGGUAUUAUGGCUCACAUCUGUAGAAAAGACUUUGUGAAAGAGGGGGAGCAGGUGCCUCUGAUCUGCGAGACCAAGCCCAUGAUCAGCAUCCAGCAGAUGAUGACCUACCAGAACCAGAAGAACGGCUGCUACCAGCCCCCCCCUCCGGGGGUCAAGCAGGACCACCUGUCCCCUGAUGUGGCCCGUCUGAUCCAGCUGGAGGAGGGGGUCCGGCCAGCUGAGAAGAAGAAACACACCCACCACAGACGGGAGCACAAGGAUAAGGAACACUGCUCCAUAGACAUGAAUGGGCUGGAGACAAACGUAUAGAACACUACCCCACCCCGCCACCCACAUAGUUAACACCACAGGGACAUGGAGGCAUGGGUCAGUGCUGGGCUUACCUCUCUCACCCUGCAAGGUGACACCCACCUACUGUGGAUUACAGAGGACCUGAUGGUCAGACUUUAAUCUGCUUUACGACCCACAUAUGAUUGUUUAGGUUUUGUGUAUAUAUUUACCUGAUAUAUUUAACUUGCACCAGCAGUGUGGGAGAAAAAGCAUGCUGGUAGACUUUUUGGAUAUAACAAACGGGUAAAAAGGGAGGGAUUGUGGAAAAGGUUGGCAAUUUACUGGAGCUGCCUAUGGGACAGCUGAGCUGGUACUUUGACCUAUCAUCUGUGGCUUAACGAUCAAACUAAAUGGCCAAACACGUCCAUGUGAGUCUGUCUCCUGCCGUCAGGUGUUUGUGAAACAGUCAACUUAUGGACAAACAGGAGGAGCUUGCUCUUGGUCUUGUUUUCUUUUUUGUUGUUGCUUUGGUCUAAUAUUAACAUUUGUUUGGUAUUUUGGGACAGGGUAUUUUCAUUUGUAUUCUUUUUAUAAUUUUUUUGUCAUUCAGUUCUUCUCUUUUGGAACAACAUCAUCUAAUUCUUGAAGGUAAAGUAGCCUCAAAGCCCCUUCCAUGCAGGAUGGAUGCAGGCUUGUGGUUGGUUUUACAUUCAGCUGAUUACCGUCAGGGUCAUCAUGUCUCAUUCAUGAAAUGUUGUCAACAGAUAAUAUAUAUAAUAUGCCCCCCUCCUUUCCAAAAACAAACAGGUUCAUAACGACAAGGUUGAAUUUCAAACAAGGAGGUAAAAAAAAUAGCCAUACUGUAGGUUAAUUUUGUUGAGAUCUGUUUUAAGACUGUUUUAAGAUAUGAAGGAUUUAUCCCAUCAUCAGAUUUUGCCCCCAGCAAAAUCAGCAAAAUGCCAAUCUGUUUUGCUUACAUUAUUCUCCAAUUUUCCCUGCUUGUCUUCUCCUCCUUGUUACCAUUCCUGUUUUAAUAAGUAGCUACUCUACCGUACCUCUGGUGUUUACACACAAGCUGAACAAAGUAAACAAAUCUGUUGUUGUCUUUGCUGAAUGUUUAAAGUUGUAUCCAUUUUAUUGCCCUGGUUUUCUCUUUGCCUUAAUGACCAAAGGAGAAGCAGACAAGGAGAUACCGUCGGGUGUACAAACCAGACGGCUUCAACAGAACAGUCCUAUUCCUGACAUUGUCCAAGAUGGACAUACUACAUGCUGUACUAGUAUAUGUCCGACAAAUAUAUUUUAGAGUUGGCAUGACCAUGACAGAAGCUUUCAGCAGUCCCCACACUUUUUGUCAUGAAAACAUUUUAAUGUGACUGUCUAAAAGGACUAAUAAAUAAUUUAAUAACCACUCCCUUUGUGAAGGGAAGGAAUGCUAAACAGCCCUGUUGGUAAAAAACAAAACAAUUAUCAAAUCAAUGUUAUGUUGCUGGGGAUCCAAAGAGGCAGUUAUGACUGUGGAGAAGUAAGCUUUGGACUGUAACUAGCAGCCAUGAUACCAAGGCAACCGCACAAACUAAUAGGACUACGUGGACACUGACAGACUGAUAAGCAGAGGAAAACAGAGGUAAGAAGGACAUUCAGGGAGGUUAUUUUGAAUGGCUGCCAGCUUUGAUUUGUUGUCAUUGAACAAAUCCACGUUCUUUCACUUUGGACGACUUUCACAGACAGGUUCAAAGGGGUGCAGAGUGUGCAGUCUCACAACUCUAAGGAGUUUGCAAA